GAUUCUGGUGCGCAAUCCAACAGCAAGGUUAUCACAUUUUCACAGGUAAUAUUUUCUAGAUAAUAUAUUGUAAUUUAGGAAGGGAAAUUAAACACAAAUACAAGAGAGUGCAUGUUUCAAUAUGUAGCAGUCGAAAAACAAACAAUUGUGUUGAUAAUUUAAUGGUAAAUUUGAUAUUUGGUGUUUUGCACAGCCUAGCGCGCAACCAAACAAGCAUUGUCUCGGUACUAUCAGUGACAUGACGUCAACCAAUUGCAACCAACGUACUAUAAAGAUUGGUAAAUUCAUAUUUUGUACCUUUUCAUAUGUGCUUUUAAAUGUGUAAAAUACAAUGACCGUAAUAGCUAAUUACUGGUUAGCAAUUUCAUUGCAGUCAUCUUUUGAAAGUACAGAUUUUAAGUACGAGCUAGGCGAAGUAGUCUAAUCUAUUGUUGGAGUGUUGGGUUUCAAACGCAGUCUUAUAAACAACAUUUUGAUUUACCACGCAGAUCUGUUCAUUGCAUUCAUUGUGAAUCUGAGGCAACCAACUUAUGGGUUCUAUUUAAAUUUAUUUUACAGCGCAGUGUCACGCAUUCAAAUUUAAAGCAAAGCCAUAUUUCAGAAGGUGAGGAUUUUAGUAUUAAACAUUUAGCGGGUGGAAAAUUGAAACGAGACAUGAUAUGUAUUCAGUAUUCAUACAAACUUCAAACGUUUGUAUAUGGUACAAAUUAUACCUGAAAAAUACGAAAAGAAUUUCCACGUUUCGAGCAAGGCCUUUCGUCUGGAAAUUUUAGUGUAGUCAUAUAGUAGUAUGUAGUAUGUAUUCAUACAUACAGGCAGAGACUGACAGAGUAAACGUCUGCAUGGGGGAUGGCGCGUUGAACAACUAGAACAAGGGAAUUUAUUGUUUAUUACUGAAUAUCUAGUAAAUGAUUGUAAUAUGGGCUAAUGAAUAUGUCAUGUUAAGGAUUUAUCAAUUCCUUGUCAUGGGCAGGUAUACACCGAAUGAUUGAGAGAGUGUUGUCUCCGACACAAUGAUAUGCAAGAUAUUAAAAGAGCGCAUUGUUAUAAGAACGAUUCCAGAGCAUCCCUCCAUUUUUGAAAACAUGUUUGGAAUAUUUGUAACUUAUCAGAAAUACAGUGAUGGUUUUGACUGAAAAAGGCAAUGCAUGGUAGAUAUUUCCUAAAUGUUCUGUAGUUUAUAAUGACGUAAUUGUGAGGCAGAGGCUUGAUAUGUGUCAUAUAAUUUGUCUUUUCCAAUUAUUCAUAAUUUGUCUUUUCCGAUUCGUGAUAUUAUAGGUACACAUAUCAGUAGUAAAUGCAGCUGCCUUAUUAUUAAAUUCAGAUUCAGCGAAUUCUAACCUAAAACUGGGUGCAAUUUCCCAUAUUAACAACCCCAGUUGAAAUACUAUCCUAACCCAUCUUCUAACCUCAACUCAAAACGCCAUUCCUGUAAAUAUAUGGGGAAACCCCUGUUUUGCGUACGUAUAUAUGCUUAUAGCUUUGACCCAAAUGACAUAUGAUAUGUUAUGAUAUUAAAUCACAAGCUAACCCAUCCCAAACCUGAACUUUAUGGUGCGCAAAAGAUGUGGAUCUAACUAUAGUAUGGCAAGACGCCACUAGCUCAAACUAUCCUUAUCCUAUUUUUUCCUACUUCUAAUUGUAGGGGAAACUGGGGGCAUAUGUCCCCCCCCCCCCCAGCUUGUAUGUUAAAAAGGCCCUGCAUUGUAAUGCAACAAAAGCACGCAUGAUCCAUGGGCUGUCAUUGAUAAAUAAUAACCUAAUAAACGCUUAAAUAUCUUAUUCGCGUAGAAUCGGAUAGAUCACUUUCAAAAUCUGACUGAAAACUAGUUUCGUGUCAAAAUCUAUGAUAAAAAGGGCAAGAGUCAGCCCGAGCACGAAUUUGUAGCACAUAUAGGUUCGCAACUUCGCAGCAAUGUCAGAAAGGUUGAAUAUAUAUGACCGCAAAUGCAUGGAAGUAAAAUCUUCCAUUCAAACACUCUUAUCCCCUUAUGCAUAAAUUAGAACUGUUGACGCAGGCUUGCUCGCUGCGUCAGCAAAAAUAUGGUUUAUUGCAUUACAAUUGCGUCGCUUUUAAAGUUUAAUAAUUCCUUAAAUAUUCUUAAAAAUAUAUGCUAAGCUCUUCAAUUGAGUGAUCACAAUAUGGUCAUAUGCACCUUUCUGGAAAUUAUGUCAUUUGGCCAUAGAGCCUCGUUUUGGUGCAUGUCUGCGACAUUCAGCUGCUCCAUUUGCUGUUCAGAGUACACCGAAUUUUCAGACACUAAUAUAAUCGAACCGAACACGGUCGGGCAGCUGUGGAACAGUCAUGUGACUUGUUCCGUUUGAUUUUAUUGGUGUUCCGAAAAUCCGGAGUGCUCCAAAGUGUAAAUGGUCCUGCAAUUUUUGGGACCAAAAUGGUUCUUCUGAAAUUACUGUGUUGCUAAUUCUGUUUACAGUGCGUACAUCGAUGGGUUCUGCCGAUGUGAGAAGGAUGCUUAAAGACCUGCUAUGCAGGUUAGAAUCUUCUGACGAGUCGAAGAAAAAAAUGAGUAAACACCGGAAUUUUGUCAAAAGAAUGACGUUCAAGAAAUCCGUCGAGAGCUUUGCAUGUGAAAGUUUUGAUGGAGUACCAGUUGAAGAAAUUGAAGAGUUUAUAUGUAACAUAGCCAAGGUCUACAAAUUCUCCGAUGAAGUGAAGGAUUAUACUUUUGAUGCAAUGAGAAAUGGAUACGGGAGACAAGGAAGUAUCAACGACGUGAGAUUUGAUAAUGGUAUAUUUACAAUACUUCUCUUUGAUUGUAUUGUAAAAACCAGAGCUGGGAAGAGAGAUCUGGUAUUCGCGAUGUACAAGUGGUCUGUUGAGCUUGCCGAGGCAAUGAAAUCAACUUAUUACUUAUUUGGGUUUAUCCGGGUGAGUGUUAAGACCGCGAACCGAGGCGAAAUAACCAUGAAUGAAGAUCAGAAAAACUUGAUCACAACCUGGUGUCGAGAGAAGUUGCACGAUCACGUUGCCUCCAAAUGCAGAAAAAAAUUAGGAAAUACUGAAUUUUAACUUAAUAUUCCCAAGUCACUUUAUUUCGAAUGAUUUUUUGAAAUAACAAAUACUAACUAUAAAUCGGCACGCACAUUUUAUCAGUUUCUAUAACAUCAACUAAAUAUUUUAUAAACUGGAGAAUCAAGACAGUUUAAGCUAUAUUUGACGAAAUUCUUUAUCUUAAUUAAUGUACUUCACGCAUGCAUGAUUGUAUUUAGUCCAGUAUAACUAGCACUACCAUGGUACUGACAUAUCAGCAUGGUCAUAACUUGGAAAUAUAAAUCUUUGCAUUGACCAUGAACGUAUAAUUAUAAGAUUCAGUCAACGAAGAUUUUUAAAAAUUGUUCCAUAUUUUAUAUAAUUAGAAAGUAUAUAUAACUAUCAACUAUGCCGAGUAGUAAUAAAUCAUCGAUUACAUGAAUUUGCUGUUGAGUUGAUCGAAUAGG